AUGGGCAGCUCUACGUCUUCUGUUCAAGAGCCAGUUCCAACAGCAGCCAGCCAGUACAACCACCGAUGUGACAUAGAAAGAGGAAAGCAUUCAUCAUUGUCGUCGUCGUCGUCGUCGUCAUUGUCGUCGUCGUCGUCGUCAUUGUCGUCGUCGUCGUCGUCAUUGUCGUCGUCAUUGUCGUCGUCGUCGUCGUCGUCAUUGUCGUCGUCGUCAUUGUCGUCGUCGUCGUCGUCGUCAUUGUCGUCGUCGUCGUCAUUGUCGUCGUCGUCGUCGUCGUCGUCAUUGUCGUCGUCGUCGUCAUUGUCGUCGUCGUCGUCAUUGUCGUCGUCGUCGUCAUUGUCGUCGUCGUCGUCAUUGUCGUCGUCGUCGUCAUUGUCGUCGUCGUCGUCAUUGUCGUCGUCGUCGUCGUCGUCAUUGUCGUCGUCGUCGUCGUCGUCAUUGUCGUCGUCGUCGUCGUCGUCAUUGUCGUCGUCGUCGUCGUCGUCAUUGUCGUCGUCGUCAUUGUCGUCGUCGUCGUCGUCGUCGUCGUCAUUGUCGUCGUCGUCGUCGUCGUCGUCGUCAUUGUCGUCGUCAUCGUCGUCAUUGUCGUCGUCGUCGUCGUCAUUGUCGUCGUCAUCGUCGUCAUUGUCGUCGUCAUCGUCGUCAUUGUCGUCGUCGUCGUCGUCAUUGUCGUCGUCGUCGUCGUCAUUGUCGUCGUCGUCGUCGUCAUUGUCGUCGUCGUCGUCGUCGUCGUCGUCAUUGUCGUCGUCGUCGUCGUCAUUGUCGUCGUCGUCGUCGUCAUUGUCGUCGUCGUCGUCGUCAUUGUCGUCGUCGUCGUCGUCAUUGUCGUCGUCGUCGUCGUCAUUGUCGUCGUCGUCGUCGUCGUCAUUGUCGUCGUCGUCGUCGUCGUCGUCGUCAUUGUCGUCGUCGUCGUCGUCAUUGUCGUCGUCGUCAUUGUCGUCGUCGUCAUUGUCGUCGUCGUCGUCGUCGUCGUCGUCAUUGUCGUCGUCGUCGUCGUCGUCGUCAUUGUCGUCGUCGUCGUCGUCGUCGUCGUCGUCGUCGUCGUCGUCGUCAUUGUCGUCGUCGUCGUCGUCGUCGUCAUUGUCGUCGUCGUCGUCGUCAUUGUCGUCGUCGUCGUCGUCAUUGUCGUCGUCGUCGUCAUUGUCGUCAUUGUCGUCGUCGUCGUCGUCAUUGUCGUCGUCGUCGUCGUCGUCAUUGUCGUCGUCGUCGUCGUCAUUGUCGUCGUCGUCGUCGUCAUUGUCGUCGUCGUCGUCGUCAUUGUCGUCGUCGUCGUCGUCAUUGUCGUCGUCGUCGUCGUCAUUGUCGUCGUCGUCGUCGUCAUUGUCGUCGUCGUCGUCGUCAUUGUCGUCGUCGUCAUUGUCGUCGUCGUCGUCGUCAUUGUCGUCGUCGUCGUCGUCAUUGUCGUCGUCGUCGUCGUCGUCGUCAUUGUCGUCGUCGUCGUCGUCGUCGUCGUCAUUGUCGUCGUCGUCGUCAUUGUCGUCGUCGUCGUCGUCGUCGUCGUCAUUGUCGUCGUCGUCGUCGUCGUCAUUGUCGUCGUCGUCGUCGUCAUUGUCGUCGUCAUUGUCGUCGUCAUUGUCGUCGUCGUCGUCGUCGUCGUCGUCGUCAUUGUCGUCGUCGUCGUCGUCGUCGUCAUUCCUUCCUGAAUUCCUGAUCUGUUAUUAUAUAGUCAAUGACAGAUUUGGUUCCCCUGCCUUCCCAAGUAUACCGGAGAAUGUUCUUAUGUUUAAAAAAGGAGUUUGUGAUUACUAA